CUGGGUAGUAAACCUGUUUUACAUACAUAUGCAGUGUUUUAUGCUAUUUCUAGCGGACCUAUAGUUUUGGUUAAGUUUAUAUAUUCGGCGCCUGGAAUAAGUUGCACGUAUUCAGUGGAUUUUAUGACUGCUGAUUGAGAACUGUACACCAAACAAACAGAGAGUUAAGAAGGCUGAUUACUAAUAAUGGCAAAGGUAUCUGGAAAGGGCGUCGAAUUCAAGCGCACAAUCUCGCAUACGUUUCCAUUCCAAGGAACAACGAUAGUUGAAGAUCUCCAAGAUGCUGCCAACCGGUUUGAUUACGUCAGGUUUACUAUUUCCGACUUUCAUGGUAUUGCAAGAAACAAAACGAUCCCAAGUAGGCAUGUAGCUAGAUUUCUUCGUCAAGGAUUGGGGAUGUAUUGCGGUAUCCUUACUGCGGGGCCAAGGUCAGACUUGCCGUUUAUCCAGAAGAUCAAGGACCUAGGUGACCCCGAUGCCUUGAUUGUUGCCGAGCCUGAUACCAUGCACGCUCUUCCCUGGGCAGGCUGUGGAGAGUAUAAGGUUGGGGAGGUAAUAUGCGAGCCACAUUGGAAAGAGGAUGGGAGCUACCAAGAGGCUUGUCCUAGAUACGUUGCGAGAAGGCAGUUAGAUCGUCUUUCAAAUAUGGGUUUCUCCGUCACGGGGGCAAACGAAUUUGAAUUCCAAGUACUAAAUGAGAAAACACUCGAGCCGGUCUUUGAAGGUUUGGAUGUGUUUACAAGCGUAGUCAUGGCAACCCAAGAAUCUCUUCUUUACGAAAUUGACAGCGAACUUCUCAAAGCUGGCGUAGAUACAGAAACCUACCAAACCGAAUAUGGACCGGGGCAAUUUGAAAUCACCAUGCGCCCUGUGAAAGAUAUGAAAAUUGCUGACUCUGCAUUUAUUUUUAAGAAUGGAGUUAAGGAAAUAUGUCAGAAAAGGGGCUUACUGGCUACAUUCAUGAGUAAGCCGUUUCCUGGGCAUCUAAUGAAUGGGACACAUUUUAAUCAUUCACUCUGGGACCGUAAAGGCAAAAAUCCGAUGUAUGAUCCAACAAAAGAUGACAACUUAUCCGAAUUCGCUGGGCAUUGGAUAGGAGGUCUUGUGAAGCAUUCGCGGGCCAUUACCGCCCUGUGUUGCCCCACUGUCAAUUGCUAUCGUAGGAUGGGUCAACAUUGGUGUCCAGACAUCAUCAACUGGGGUAUCAUGAACCGCCACACCUUAUUCCGCGUUAAAAACACAGGAGAAUCGGGAACAUAUGUUGAAAACCGUCUUCCAUCCGGGGCUUGCAAUUCCUACCUCGUUAUGGCAGCAACCUUGGCAGCUGGAAUAGAUGGCGUUUUAAAUAAAAUCCCUCGCCCUAAGGAGGCUGAUAAAGACGGAGAGAAACUUCCUCAAACCCUCUCUGAAGCUAUUACUGCCUUAAAAGAAGACAGUGUUUUGUGUGAAGGACUCGGAGAAGAGUUCGUAGACUGGUUUACAAGAGUGAAACAAGAAUGUGAAAUCGAUCCACUCGGUGAAGAUAAAAAUGAGGAUGCUUAUCCCGCCGAACGAGAAAUGUAUAUGAAACUCAUGUAGUAAAAUUAUAACAGCCAACAUCAUAACCCAUAGCUAGCCCAUCCUUGUUUAUCUCAAUUAUAGAGGAAUAUCUGUUUAAAGACAACAGGAAUAAGCAAGCCUUUGCAUUGAUUUUCGCUUGGUUUAUGUGAUUAUACAGCAUGUAAAUCUGAUGUCAGAGGGGGUGAAAAUCCAAUGUUUUUAAAUUUGCAUCAAGUGUCUGUAUCCAGAUCCAAAAGUCCUGAUAAAAAUGCUUUUAGUUAAAGGUUUAUAAUUCAUUUUGCACAAUAUUUUCAGAGUAACUGUGUCAUUCAUUU